CCGAUUUUCCAUUCCCUAAUCAAUCCACCAUUUGCCCCCAUUGACAGUUUGCUUAAAGAACAUUUCCAUAUCAACUCCACCUAAAAGAAACCCAUCAACAUGGUUCUCGGUCUAGGCAAGACACGAAGUCGCCGUCAUCCAGGCGGUACUACCGUGACGACCACCACCACAACUACUCACCACCCUGCUGGCACUGGCGCUGGCGGUGUCGCCAGAAAGCCGACUCUCAUGCAGCGUUUGAGAGGACGAACGACCCCUCGCAGCACCGCAACCACGGGCCGUGCUCCUCGUCGUACCCGACGAACGCGCGCUGCCCCCGCCACACAUCACAAGCGCAAGACCAGCAUCGGUGACAAAGUCUCGGGCGCGAUGCUCAAGCUGAAGGGCUCGGUCACUCACCGUCCUGGGGAGAAGGCCGCAGGGACGAGACGUAUGCAUGGAACCGACGGCAAGGGGAGCCGACGCCGAUUUUACUAG